CCGGCGCGACGGCCCCCUACGCGGCCGUCCCUCCCGGGGGGUGGCCGCCCUCACCCCACGCCCCGCGCACCUGGCGCCCCUCCCUGAAGGGCACACCGUCCUCCGGACCAACCCGCCUCCUUUCCACCCCCGCGCUCCUAACGGUCGUCUCCUGCCCCUUUGAAGCUCGACCCAGGACCCCCGGCCUCCCCCGCGCCGCAUCCUCCGCGGGGCCCGCCUGGAGGCCCCGACCCAAAUGCCGGGCGCUCCCCAGAGAUUCCUCAACGUGCCUCGGGGUUCUUGUCAGAGUUAGCCGGGCCCUGCGGGUUUAAAGUCCAAGCGUUGCACGACUGGCUAACAUGGAAGCCUUUCCCCUUAACCGGAGCAUCCUCUACCGGGUCUUCACCUGAAUUUCCUUUCAGCCAGCAACAUUAAUGCUUGGUCAUUGGGGUCUCCUCCUCUCGGUUGCCCAGCCGUGUUAAACACGUUAGUCUUUUUUUUUGUCGCCAGGUUUGGCCCUUCCCAGCCCAAUUCCCCUGAUGCAGCAGCUUCUUGGCCACGGCCUCUCACACUUUCCCUUUUUUUUUUUUUUUUGAGUUAACUUUAAGGAGACCUGCAUGUCGCAUCUCUAACCCAGGCGUUACUAGAAUUCCUAGUGAACUUCCAGCUCUGAUCCAUCAUAGCGCCCGUCCCUGGGAGAUGCUAAAUCAAUACUUCUUGGCCUGUUCUUUCCUCUAGCCACCCCAGUCUUACCCUCCUCUUGCUGUACAGUACUGCUUUCCCAAAGAUCAUCAGCCUUUACACAACCUCUCCAACACCCCUUAGAGCUGACAUGCCAGUUAUAAUUUUGCUGCCCACCAAGAGCCCCCUAAUUUGCCUUUGCAUCUGAAACACCGUGGGUACAACAGGCGGGUCCCCUUUGCUGCUCGCAGUGUGGGAGUUUGCUCUCUGGCUUCUUGAUCUGUACUGUCCCCUGUGCAGUAGUCCCAGGUCGCCAACCCUCACUCCAGCUCGUUUUAUUUCCUACAUUGUACGUAUAGCAUGUCAUUGGGAAAGGUUGGGGCAGACCUGUACUUUGUGUUGCCGUCGCUGGGGACCAGGGGCCUCAAGGGUCCCCUGUGGUAAUUACAGUGAAGUGAGUUGUGUUCUUAGACCCCUGGCCUGGCUUUUUCAGCCAGUGGACGCAUUAGUAUUGUGUGUCAUUUGAUGGAUUAAAAGAUCCCAGUUUGUCCUCGCUUUUAUUUCUGUGGUUGGAAUUUGGAGUAGAGCUGAGAAGGUAAAAAGAGGCACCUAUGUGAAGGAUUUUAAAAUUUCUCUAAUGAGAAAUAAAAAAUGGCUUAAAACUCACAAAAUAUGCUUGAGAGUUUGGAAUGGUUCUUGCUGCUUAUGUGCCCCUUCUUCAGUCUGGAUAGAGCGUCUAGGGACGUUGGGGUCCCCUGCCAUUGCAGCUGCAGCCUCCCUUGCUUUCCCUGGCUGGAACCCAAGACUGGGAAGUGGGCAAAAGGUAUCAAAUGAGGUAAAGUGUGGAAUUGCUUUGAAAACUGUUAACUAAUAGACAUGCUGAAGGGCAGAAUUUCUCAGGAUGUCUCAGAGGAGAGAGCUGGGAUAGCUGACCACCCGAGAGGAAUGUGGGCUUGCACCCCUUUUUAAGCCUCAGAGUUCUCAUUCUACCAUGCUGGGAGAAUCUUUCCAUCCUGUGAAAGGGCGGAGUCAUCUCCAGCAGGCUUGGAGCUGGGCGAUUGCUCAAAUGUUGGGGAAUUUGGGAUUCUACUUAUGUUAAUAGUGGUACCUUUCUGUGCCAAGGCACAUUGCUCUAGUUUGGGGCUAAUUUUAGGGGUGAUGGAAUGAGGAAAUAAUGUUUUUAACUUAGUGUGUUCUGGGACCGCCUAGUCUCUGAAUCUUUGCCUUAUGUGAGUUCCGAACCCCAGAGAACAGGCUCCUCUCUUGUUCCCUCAAGCCUGUUGUGAGCACCCAGGACCAGUGUGUGUCCUUUCCCCUUGUUUCCGGCAGGGGGCAGCCUUUUAAUAGCAAUAAUUCAGAUGCCAGGGGAGUGAGGGUAUGCUGAGGCCCGAGAAAGAGGAACCAGUAGAUGAGGCAAGCAGACUCGGAGGGUAGGGCAAGAGGUGGGGGCUAAGCUGGAAUGAGCAUGUGAGGAGACCAUUAGAUCAAGUAGUCAGGAAAGGCUGUGUCGCCAGUCACUCUCUCUGCCCCCUUUCCCGCUCUUUAUUUCACUGGAAAGGGAUCCAAAUGCUUGCCUUUGAGAGUUUGUGAUAGAGAAACUUAGGACAGUUUCUUUCAAUUUAGUCUUUUCCCAAGGAUUUCCCUCUUGGCAGAAUUUCAGAUUUCUCUCAUGGGACAGAAUAAUUAGAGAAUAAUUUCCUUGCUCUUCAGAGGGCAGAAUGAACUGCAGUAAAUUUGGUUUAUUUUCUGUUCUUCCCCAUAAACAGAAUAGGAUUACCUGUGUUUAUGGCAUAGAGGAGGGUUUCUCAACUGUGGCACUAGUGACAUUUUGAGCCAGAUCAUUCUCUGUUGUGGGGGCUGUCCUGUGUAUUGUGGGAUGUUUAGCAGCUUUCCUGGCCUCUAUCCACUAGAUGCCAGUAGUAAUUUCUAGUCAUGUCAACCAAAAAUGUCUCCAGAUUUUGCCAAAUGUCCCCUGGGGAGCAGAGGUUCCCCCACUCCACCCUACUUGAGAACUGCUGGCUUCAAGGAAGUAUGUGGAAAAGACACACACCUGCUUGGAGGAGUGGGAACCAUGGGAGGCAUGCAUGCUGCUUGUCGAGGAAGGGCCAGUCAGCCAUCAGCUUUGGGACCAAUCCUUCUCUGACUGAGCCUGCCAGGAGACUUGGCCUUUUUCUCCAGCUGCACCUGUGCUUCCUUUCUCCCCUGACUGCCUCUCCCUUUGCCUCUGCAGUUUCCUUGCUUUUCACACUGGAAGCCGCUUUUCCUCAUUUUGCUCCUUACAACCAGGACAGAAAGGUGAAGGCCAGACGUGGAAAGCACCAAGGAGAGCCACUUUUGCCACUCCCUGGCAGGGUGGGAGGAGUUGAGGAGUCUUGGAGUUGAUGGGCAUCGUGGAGGCGCUUUGGUCCAGCCUCCCUCCCAGCCACUGAGGGAACUCUUGCACAGCCCCUUGAGACCCUGCCUGCCCCGCCUCUGCUCGGAACCUCCAGGGAUGAGCUGCCUCCUGAGAAUCUCCUCUGCUGAUCCUUAGAGGGACAGGUCACUGCCACCACUUCCGCUUCUGUCAGCCUUAGUAACUCUGACCUUAUUUCUACUUUAUGGGUCUUACCCCAAUGUAAAGGUCCUUCCCUGGGUACCACUGCGGUCAUACCAGCGUCCAGUAGCUUGGGGACCCUGAUUCACUCCAGCAUAGGCCCCGGCCUGAAGAGAGUCAGGCCCCACUCUAACUGCUUCCUGGGGUAAGGCUGCCAGGUCUUCUCUCUCUGGUUAACUCUUUGGUUAACUCAUGGUGUGAGUGGCACGUGGGUGGUUUAGGUGUUUGGAGAGUGAACACCAGGUCCCCUCGCCCCUGCUCAUCUCCUCCGACCUCUAGGACACACCCAGCUUCACAAUGGCAGCAGAGACCCUCAACUUUGGGCCUGAGUGGCUGAGGGCACUUUCAAGCGGUGGCAGUGUAGCCUCCCCGCCCCCAUCCCCCGCCAUGCCCAAAUAUAAGCUGGCUGACUAUCGUUAUGGGCGAGAGGAGAUGCUGGCUCUCUACGUCAAGGAGAACAAGGUCCCCGAUGAGCUACAGGACAAGGAAUUCGCUGCAGUGCUACAGGAAGAGCCGCUGCAGCCCCUGGCACUGGAGCCUCUGACCGAGGAGGAGCAGAGAAACUUCUCCCUGUCAGUGAACAGUGUGGCUGUGCUGAGGCUGAUGGGGAAAGGGGCUGGCCCCCCCCCAGGCGGCGCCUCCCGUGGCAGGGGCAGCACGCGGAGCCGAGGCCGUGGCCGUGGUGACAGUUGCUUUUACCAAAGAAGCAUUGAAGAAGGCGAUGGGGCCUUUGGUCGAAACCCCCGGGAGAUCCAGCGUAGCCAGAGUUGGGAUGACAGAGGCGAGAGGCGGUUUGAGAAGUCGGCCAGGAGGGAUGGAGCACGAUCCGGAUUUGAGGAGGGAGGGGCUGGCCCAAGGAAAGAACAUGCCCGCUCAGAUAGCGAGAACUGGCGUUCUCUCCGGGAGGAGCAAGAGGAGGAGGAGGAGGGCAGCUGGAGACUUGGGGCAGGACCCCGGCGAGAUGGCGACCGCUGGCGCUCAGCCAGCCCUGAUGGCGGCCCCCGCUCUGCUGGCUGGCGGGAACAUGGGGACCGGCGUCGCAAGUUUGAGUUUGAUUUGCGAGGGGAUCGAGGAGGGUGUGGUGAAGAGGAGGGGCGGGGGGGGGGGGGCAGUUCUCACCUCCGGAGGUGCCGAGGGCCUGACGGCUUUGAUGACGACAAGGACGGGCUCCCAGAGUGGUGCCUGGACGAUGAGGAUGAAGAAAUGGGCACCUUCGAUGCCUCUGGGGCCUUCUUGCCUCUCAAGAAGGGCCCCAAGGAGCCCAUUCCUGAGGAGCAGGAGCUCGACUUCCAGGGUCUGGAGGAAGAGGAGGAAGAGCCUACUGAAGGGUUGGAGGAGGAGGGGCCAGAGGCAGGUGGGAAGGAACUGACUCCACUGCCACCUCCAGAGGAGAAGUCUAGCUCCCCAUCCCCACUGGCUACCUUGGGCCCACUCUGGGGAGCUAAUGGGGAAGGAGGUGACGCUGUGGAGAAAGACCUGCCAGUUGCUGAAGGAGACGAUUUGAGGGGAAUGCAGCUAAGUCCUAGGGUGGGCUCACCCCCUGGCCCACCUGGAGAUCUGGAAGAUGAUGAAGGCUUGAAGCACCUACAGCAGGAGGCAGAGAAGCUUGUGGCAUCCCUACAGGACAGCUCUCUGGAGGAGGAGCAGUUCACGGCCGCCAUGCAGGCCCAGGGCCUGCGCCACUCUGCAGCUGCCACUGCCCUCCCCCUCAGUCACGGUGCAGCCCGGAAGUGGUUCUACAAGGAUCCACAGGGGGAGAUCCAAGGACCCUUCACAACACAGGAGAUGGCGGAGUGGUUCCAAGCGGGCUACUUCUCCAUGGCCCUGCUUGUAAAACGUGGCUGUGAUGAGGGCUUUCAGCCACUGGGUGAGGUGAUCAAGAUGUGGGGUCGUGUGCCCUUUGCCCCAGGGCCCUCACCACCCCCACUGCUGGGAAACAUGGACCAGGAGCGGCUGAAAAAGCAACAGGAGCUGGCAGCGGCAGCCUUGUACCAGCAGCUGCAGCACCAGCAAUUUCUUCAACUGGUCAACAGCCGCUCCCUCCAACAGUGUGGGCUCCGGGAAAAGGCAGCUCUGGGGGACCUGACGCCACCGCAGCAGCAGCAGCUCACCGCCUUCCUGCAGCAGCUCCAAGCUCUCAAACCCCCCAGAGGCGGGGAUCAGAACCUGCUCCCGACGAUGAACCGGUCCUUGUCGGUGCCAGAUUCCAGUUCCCUCUGGGACAUACAUACCUCAGCCUCAUCACAGUCAGGCGGUGAGGCCAGUCUUUGGGACAUACCAAUUAACUCUUCGACUCAGGGUCCAAUUCUAGAACAACUCCAGCUGCAACAUAAAUUCCAAGAGCGCAGAGAAGUGGAGCUCAGGGCUAAGCGGGAGGAAGAGGAGCGAAAGCGCCGCGAGGAGAAGCGACGCCAGCAGCAGCAGCAGCAGGAGGAGCAGAAGCGGCGGCAGGAGGAAGAGGAGUUGUUUCGGCGCAAGCAGGUGCGGCAGCAGGAGCUACUGCUGAAGCUGCUGCAGCAGCAGCAGCAGCAGGCAGUGGCCUCCGUCCCAGUGCCCCCUGCACCCAGCUCCCCGCCCCCACUGUGGGCUGGCCUGGCCAAGCAAGGACUUUCCAUGAAGACACUGCUUGAGCUGCAGUUGGAGGGCGAGCGACAGCUGCAUAAGCAGCCUCCGCCUCGGGAGCCAUCGCGGGCCCAGGCCCCCAACCACCGUGUGCAGCUUGGGGGUCUGGGCACUGCCCCCCUGAACCAGUGGGUAUCUGAGGCUGGGCCGCUGUGGGGCGGGCCCGACAAGAGUGGGGGCAGCAGCGGUGGCCUGGGGCUCUGGGAAGACACCCUCAAGAGCAGCGGGAGCCUGGCCCGCAGCCUGGGCCUGAAGAACAGCCGGAGCAGCCCUUCUCUCAGUGACUCCUAUAGCCACCUGUCAGGUCGGCCUGUGCGCAAAAAGACGGAGGAGGAAGAGAAGCUGCUGAAGCUGUUACAGGGCAUCCCCAGGCCCCAGGAUGGCUUCACUCAGUGGUGUGAGCAGAUGCUACACACACUGAGCACCACGGGCAGCCUGGACGUGCCCAUGGCUGUAGCGAUCCUCAAGGAGGUGGAAUCCCCCUAUGAUGUCCACGAUUAUAUCCGUUCCUGCCUGGGGGACACGCUGGAAGCCAAAGAAUUUGCCAAACAAUUCCUGGAGCGGAGGGCUAAGCAGAAAGCCAGCCAACAACGGCAGCAGCAGCAGGAGGCUUGGCUGAGCAGUAGCUCCCUGCAGACAGCCUUUCAGACCAACCAUAGCACCAAGCUUGGCCCUGGGGAGGGCAGCAAGGCCAAGAGGCGGGCACUGAUGCUGCACUCGGACCCUAGCAUCUUGGGGUACUCCCUGCACGGACCUUCUGGUGAGAUUGAGAGCGUGGAUGACUACUGACCAGCCCAUCCCACCAGCCCCCUGGGCUGUAGGCCAGGAGAAGCAGCAGCAGCAGCUUGGACCCUUGGGUCCCCAGUCUGCAGGCUCCCAACAAGGAGCAUAGGAGGAAGCAGGGGCAGGGUCCCCAGCACUUGUUACAAACCACACAAUGCACCUUAACUCACCCACCACGAGGCACUUUACAGAUUGGGGGGUUGUUUUUUUUUCCUUUUCUUUUUAAAAAAUUUUAAACAACAUUGAAGAAAAUGUUAGGAGAGACAAAAAAAAAAUGUUAAAAACUAGACUCUAAGCACCCCUUCUCCCUCUGAGGAUUGUCGGGGUGACAGUGGAAGGUCCAUGGAGUUUUGGGGUUGGUUUUUUUUUUUUAAGAAAAAAGAAAAACAAUGAAAAAAAGGUUAGGAGGCUGAAAGAAAAAAAACACACUGUUAAUUUGGGGCAGUGGGGACAUGGCCCCACGGAUCUGUCCUGCCUGGCCCCCAAGGCUGCACUUACCCUCCCUGCCCCGCCAGGUGGGCCACUGGGGUAACUGGAAGCUGGGGUGCCAGCAGUUUGCACAGCAAGGCCCCCUCAACCCCGCCAGCCGGACCUCUGUGAAUGGCCCCCUUGUUGCUGUGACUGGCAGAGGUGUCUGGGGUUGGGGCCAAAGGAGCCCCUUGGCUUUGCUGCUUUGGGGGAAAGUUGCACAAAUGGGCUGUGCCAUCUCACCUCCCCAGGUGGCUGACGGGGUAGAUGGCAGAGGGCCGGCCCGGUGCCAACCUCAUCUGGCUGUCAGGGCAGCAGAACUUCCACUCUGGCCCUGGUGAGGGGCUUCCCCCUCCGCUGCCAUUGGGGGGAUGACCUGGGUGUGAAGCUGAAAGCCCCAGCUCCCUGCCUUGCCACAUGAAUGUAUUCUUCGGGCCACAAGCCCCUGCUGCACCCUGCCUCAGCCUUGAGUGAGGUGGGGGCAGAGCAGUUCCUCCAGGAGCUGGAGAGAGGCACCACUUAAUGACUGUUUCUCCUGUGAAGGGGGCUAGAGGAGAGGCCCAGGAGGCCAAGGGAGCGGGCAGCUUGGGGCUUCAGUUGCAGUGUGGGAGCUGUUAGAAGAGUCCCCCCACCUGCAGCCAGCUGGCUGUGUGGGAUGUGGACCACCCAGCUCUGCCCUGACCCCUCCAUUGACCAAAUGGGACAGGAGUGGCCUCUCCCCUUCCUGCUCCUCUGAUGAGUUUUUAAUGUUGGGUAAGGUGGGGGUGGGGGGUCAAGACUAGAAGUGUCUGUCUCCUGAGUCGAGGAGGCAGUCCUUCUAGUGCUCACCGACUUAUUCCCAAUCACCUGCCUGGGUUUGUCUCCAUUCCUGUUUUUUGUUGUUGUAUCUUUUGGGUUUCUCAUCUAACUUCUGUUGACCUCAUUGCUCAGAGUGCAGUAUUAGGGCAGGAUUCUGCCACUGCCUCCCCUCCAUGAAUGUAUUUAUCCUUCCUGCCCUGGGGAAAUGGGGAGUGGCCCCCGUUUUCUUUCCCCAUCCAUCCCUAGAGACCACAUUUUUUGUUUUUGUGUUUUGUUUUGUUUUUUGUUUUUUUUUUUGGGUUUUUUUUUUGCACCAAAGUGGCAACUGGGUCAGUGUUUGGGGGAUAAAGCUGGCCUUGGGGGGUGGAGGGACUCCCUCCACCUGCUUCUCCCUGGUUUCAACAGUGUUAGCAUAUGUGAAAAGACAAUAUUCUCUCUAAAGCAAUAAGGGGAUGAUGGGCCAGGGGGAAAUGACUUGCUGCUGCUGGCCCCCCAGCUCCCCCUUUCCUUGCGCCAGUAUUUGGCGGCAUUAGAGGUGUGGGGGGAGUACUGUUGUGACUGAAUGUAACUGCCCCCACCCCUGCCGCAGCCAAUGCAGGGGGAGGGGGGAUGACACUCUUCCCCUCUCUUCCUUCCCCUUCCCCCCAGCUAAAGAGACUUUGAACUUAGGGGGCCCUUGAGCCUGGAGAGGCCUUAACCCUGUGAGGAAGUGUAGGGGGAGCCCUCUCCCACCCCAUCCCCUUCUGAGAGUGGUCAAUGUUUACAAGCCCCUGAGCCCCCCAGCCCAGGGACUCAGCCCCUAUUGCUGUCCUUUCCCAGCCAUCUUCCUGGGCCCCGGCUGCUCUCCCACCCUUCCCAGAGUUGGGGUGGGUGCAGGGGCCAUUCUGUAUCCCCUUGUUUGCCUUGUCCCUACAAUCUCCACCCCAUGACUUACCCUCCUACCUACCCCUGCCCCUGUAAAUACGCCCCCCAAUAAAACUUUGUGUGUGUUCCCUUUU